CUUCUUUUUGUCUUUGACGAGUUCAAAAGCUGUGCUGUCGCUUGCCAUGUCUUUGUCCACAAAAACGAUAGCUCUUUCAUCUAGCAUUAUCAUUGCUCCAAAUUCCUCCACAAUGCCUUUGAUCAUCUACUCAAAUAGCUCCCGGUGCCUAGGAACACCUCCUCCUCCUCCUCUUCUUCUACUUCGUGGAAACCUCCUCCUCACUCACCACCACUCAUUCUCCCUCCUCUCCCCGUACCUGACGCACAGCUCUCCAUCACGAACACGACGAACGAAUAAUGAAGAAUAUGCCAUUCACAAACAGCACAUCCGAUACACAGCUCAUUCUUAUGACUCCCCUAGUGAACCUCAUGAUCAUGUCUUCGUCUCCUUCCAUCAGUACUACAACCGCCACGGCAGGUGAGUGCUGCCCAUCGAGGAUAUCAUUCACCCGGCGAGAGAUGCAGGGUCCUAGCUCUUCAGACUACGUCCUGAUCGGUGCGUUCGGAUUCGCAUUAGGGUACAUGAUAGCAGUGCUGAUCCUAUGCUCAUGCUACGCAAGACGGUACCACCGUGCGGCUCAAACACUGACGCAGACGCAGCUGGAGGUCCAGGCGCAAGAUUCCGGCGGUGGAGGCACAGGGUCAUCCGUACGGACGAUAUCUCCGACAGAGUCAUGGAUGGAGAUGCAUGGUCUUCCGGAGCACUCGGGACUGAACAGAAACGAUCAGGGACAGCAACAACUUUCACAAAUGACAAGGGACAGGAGCAGGUGUAGCGGUGAGGUAGCGAACCAGACGCAUGCAUGUCGCCAUGUUGGGAGAGAGGAUCGUGGCAGUGGAGACCGAGUUUCUUUGCAGGAGCAGGCGACAACAGCAACAACGAACAUGUGUUGCGUGCCCUUUACUGGACGACGACGAACAACAGGAGAAGAGGGGAAUGCAGGAGAGAUGGUGACCAUGGAGGUAUUGACGGAUGCACAGGAGAAUGUGUGCGUAGGUCCCAUAUCCUUAAUCAUGACCAACGACGAAGAAGCAGCGCCUCAGUUUUCCUCGACCCUUCCAUUUGGUCCUAUCCACAGGCGCGUCGAACGACAGCGUCACCAGUACGCGGGAGUCGUGCCGAUGUUGAAUUCGACGACGUCCUUGACGUUCUCGUCCGCUGAAGGCACUCUCUUUGCAGUCCCAGAGCACCCGUUCGUCGCACGGGACAGGAGACAGCCUUCAAGACCCACGUCGUUCGUGAACGAGAUUGUCGCCCUAUACGACCUUGCACACCACUACGCAUUGGCCCCACCCCCGCCUUCAACCCCUGUUGACUCUUUCUCACAGGGUUCGGAAUCUGAUGAGGAUGCACACGUAUCGGUAACAGUGGGGGCGUCGGAGGGACAAGAUGUCUAGGAUUGGGGGAGCGAGGUCAUCGACCGAUAUGGCAUGGCGGUAACAUUUGCAGGAUUCGAUGAUUAAUGUGGGUCGUAUAUGGUCAAAGGCCCUGAUAGACUAUGAACACUGCAAAAUGUCUUUUAGACUACUGGA